AUGGCUUCCAGAUUGCGCACGCUAGCAUUGGGAUCGAAGCCUCACAUCAACAUUGUUCUCAACGAUGAACAAUCAUCAUACUCGACACUAGAUAGGCUUUCCGGCAAGGUCGAGAUCGCCGUUUCUCACAGCACGAGGUUCGAUGAGAUUGACAUUCAGUUUAUCGGCACCACCAAGACAUUCCUGGAGAAGAUGCCAUCUACACCUGGUCUGGCCGGCGGCGCUUCUGCCUUCCAUCAAUUCCUCAAACUCAGACAACCCAUCCAAGAGUCAAGCUAUCCACAACCCAGAAUCCUCGAACCAGGACGAACUUACGAAUUCCCUUUUGUUUUUGUUGUCCCUCAGCGCUUGCUCCCUCGUGUUUGCAAACACGAAGUGCAGCACGAGUCCAUCCGUGAUUGCCAUCUUCAGCUGCCCCCAAGCUUGGCUACUCUCACAACUCAUGAUGACAUGGGUCCAGACAUGGCCAAGAUCCAAUACCAGAUCGCUGCUCGCAUCACCGCAGCUAACGACAUCAGCACCGAACCAAAAAACCUGGCAACAAAGAUGAAGACAAUCCGCAUCGUUCCUACCGUGGAUGAGCAACCACCAGUCAACAUUCUCGGCGACAGUGACUACAUCUUGAGGUCUGAGAAGUCGAUCAAGAAGGGCAUGUUCAAGGGUAAGCUUGGCACCUUGAUCAUCGGGGCCGAACAGCCAAAGUCGCUUCGGCUUCCCAAAUCAUACAAUCCCGAGGAUACAAUCGUCAGCACAGUAGCAACCGUCAGACUACGCUUCGACCCAGCAGAUGCAAAGUCACAGCCACCUCGUCUCGGGAGCCUGAACAGCAAACUCAAGACUACAACCUUCUACGCUACCGGCGCCCGCAUGGACUUUCCCAAGAAAAAGGACGUCCUCUUCGACCACAGGCAAGGCUCGCACUCGGUUAACAUCGGACUCUCAUCACGCUGCAUGGCCUCAGUGGACUGGACUUUGCGAACAGAGUCAGAAUCCACAGAUGAACAACUCGCUCGUCGCGACUCAGGUCUCUCCCACCAGGAAAUCCCCAAAUACUCCAGCCCAAGCACAAACUACAAGGGCGGAAACUUCUGGACUGCAGAAAUCGUGGUUCCGGUCGCGCUUCCCAAGGACAAGCAUUUCGUGCCUACAUUCCACGGUUGUCUUGUUUCUCGCGUUUAUUCGCUGGGUCUCUCUCUCGGCAUCCACUCUGCUGGUGUUGGCUUCCCUUCUGUUGAUUUGAAGCUUCCACUGCAGAUCUCGGCUGAGGGCAAGGGCGAGGUUGACGUUGCAUCACGAAGCUCAUCCACUGCUGAGGCACAGUUGGCCGAGUUCAGAUAUGAAGAGGAGCUGCUUGCUGCUGAACACAGGGGCAGUUGGUCAUAUAACGAUCUCGAGACCCCAGAGUUUACUGAUCUGCCACCUGAGUAUGAAGCUUAUCGCAGACCCAUCGUUACUGUUGCCGGGUAA